AUGGUGGGGUCUGGGAUCCCAGCUUUGGGCCUUCUCCUGCUGAUGCUGGGAUCAGUAGCUGCGAAUGGAAUCCAGGGAUUUUUCUAUCCAUGGAGUUGUGAGGGAGAUGUGUGGGACCGAGAGAGCUGUGGGGGUCAGGCUGCCAUUGAGAACCCCAACCUCUGCCUCCGCCUGCGAUGCUGCUACCGGGACGGUGUGUGCUAUCAUCAACGGCCAGACGAAAAUAUGCGCAGGAAGCACAUGUGGGCGCUGGGCUGGACCUGCGGAAGCCUGCUCUUCCUGAUCGCCAGUAUCUGUCUCUUCUGGUGGGCCAAGCGCCAAGACAUGCUGCACCUGCCACAGUUUCUCCUGGGGAAAUGUGACCUGUCACGAACAGUCUCCCUACUGUCUAAGGACCGACCAUCGGUCAGUAAGAAGUCAACCACAGUUGGCACACCUGUCUCGGUGCCCACGGAGGUGCUCGAACACUCAGGAGGAGGCACCGAACCGGAAGCUACAGAAGCCGCGGAGGAUACAGAGGGAGAUGAUGAUUAG